CCGUCUUCCUCUUCUUACCUUGUCGCGUCAUCUCAUCAAGAAACUUUGCUCGACAACAGGAAACCCCAUCUCUCUCUCUCUCUCUCUCUCUCUCUCUCUCUCUCUCUGCCUUCUGUUUCCAGGACGUCCCAACUGCCCAGCGCCGACCGGCCGGCCACCAUGAAGCCGCCAUCAUCACUGGUGCACUACUUCAAGCUGCUGGUCCUGCUGGCGCUCGCCAGGCUGACCAUGCACGUCCCCGACGAGGACGUGCUCUUGUCCCUCGGCGCGCUGCGCCUCGACGGCCAUUUCAGUUUCCACGACGUCUCCGCCAUGGCGCGGGACUUCGGCAACCAGUGCAGCUUCCUGCCGGCCGCCGUGCUCCACCCUGGCUCGGUCUCCGACAUCGCCGCCACCGUUAGGCACGUCUUCUCCCUGGGCGAGGGCUCGCCGCUCACGGUCGCGGCGCGCGGGCACGGGCACUCCCUCAUGGGCCAGUCCCAGGCCGCCCAGGGGAUCGUGGUCAGGAUGGAGUCGCUCCGGGGUCCUAGGCUUCAGGUCAACGACGCCGGCGUGUCGCCACCGUCUGUCGAUGCUCCCGGAGGAGAGCUCUGGAUCAACGUGCUGCGUGAGACGCUCAAGCACGGUCUGGCACCCAAGUCGUGGACGGACUACCUCCAUCUCACGGUCGGUGGCACCUUGUCUAAUGCGGGGGUCAGCGGGCAGGCGUUCCGCCACGGACCGCAGGUCAGCAAUGUCAAUCAACUGGAGAUUGUGACAGGAAGAGGAGAUGUCGUUACCUGCUCACCCGAUGAUAACGCUGAUCUCUUCUAUGCUGCUCUCGGUGGUCUUGGUCAGUUCGGGAUCAUCACCAGAGCAAGGAUUGCACUUGAGCCUGCUCCAAAGAUGGUGAGGUGGAUAAGAGUUCUUUACUCGGAUUUUGAAAGCUUCACCGAGGACCAGGAGAUGCUGAUAAUGGCAGAGAACUCCUUUGACUACGUUGAAGGUUUUGUCAUCAUAAACAGGACAGGCGUCCUCAACAACUGGAGGGCGUCCUUCAAGCCACAAGACCCAGUCGAAGCAAGCCAUUUUCAGUCGGAUGGAAGAGUACUAUACUGCCUCGAGCUAACCAAGAACUUCAAUAGUGACGACACUGAUACCAUGGAACAGGAAGUUACUGUACUGCUAUCUCGACUUAGAUUCAUACAGUCUACUCUAUUCCACACCGAUGUCACGUACCUGGAGUUCUUGGACAGGGUGCACACCUCUGAGUUGAAACUGAGGGCACAAGGCCUCUGGGAAGUUCCACAUCCUUGGCUGAAUCUUCUAAUACCGAGGAGCUCCAUCCGCAGAUUUGCUAAGGAAGUCUUUGGCAAGAUCCUGAAAGAUAGCAACAAUGGUCCCAUAUUGCUUUAUCCAGUGAACAAAUCAAAGUGGGACAACAGAACGUCAGUAGUCAUACCAGAUGAGGAAAUUUUCUACCUAGUGGGGUUCCUUUCUUCAGCACCGUCUCUCUCAGGUUACGGCAGCAUUGCACAUUCAAUGAACCUGAACAAACAGAUAGUGGAGUUCUGUGAAGAGGCUGGUAUUGGGAUGAAACAGUAUCUGGCACCCUACACCACACAGCAGCAGUGGAAAGCCCACUUUGGAGCAAGGUGGGAGACAUUUGAACGGAGGAAACACAGAUAUGAUCCCCUAGCCAUCCUAGCGCCAGGACAGAGAAUAUUCCCAAAGGCGUCACUGCCAUUGCCUUUGUGACAGUUCCUGCUACUUGAAGGAUUCUGUAGAGCAUACGUUUACGUUGUACAAAAGUGUAGGUAAAAAGUAUCCCCUGUAAAGACAAUAUCUACGGAAGGUAGCUAGCCUGAAGAACACAGCAUAGCGACUUUUUUUAUAGUGGCCGAAGACACCUCAGAGCAAUACUUCAAAGUGGAGCAAUGUCACCUGAACUCUGACACCUUUGGAGGCAAUCACUGGAGGAUCGUAGCGGUCCAAGAAACCUGUAUGUUGUUACAGCGUUGAUAAUUGAGACGAGCUGUGAUGAUCAACUGAUCACUAACCAGUAUCCCGGUUAUCAACAGUGCAGAAAGUUGCUUGAGGGUAGUAGUGCCUUGAUUAACAAAUAACACUGCCUGUUAUUUCACUUGUAACUAGCAUCUCAUCCCACUCAGGAGUGCCUGCGUAAAUGUAGCAGGUUUACAUUACUUUCCAUGAGUCAGAAUAUUAUAUGCUCAUGCAAAAACAGUAAAGUCUCUUAUC